AGACCUCGGCCACACCCUCUGUAAAACACGCCCCUCGAGUGGACUAUAAUACCCCUCCCCCUCUACUUACACCUUUUUUUUCUCUGUCAGUCUCAGUGUCUCUCAUCCUCUCUCUUACAGAACAAUGAGUCGUCGACAAUAGUGGGAUUACAGCCCCCAUACCCCCAAUGCCCACAGCCACCAGUGCCCCGCCCCCCUCACUCUCCUCAUCAGUCUGUGGCGGUUCGCUGUGCCUUACUCUGUUUCAUCUACUUCUUUGAAGGAAUGAAAUAACGAGCGAAUGUCUGCUGAUUCAAGUAAGGAGGAGGAGUCAUGCUGGUCUCCAUGACCCCCCCGUCACUCCUCCUCCUUCUCUUCAUCCUCAUCCCUCUAGUACCCCUCCUGGCCCAGGACUCGUCUGUGCAGUGGGUGACCCUUCGAGGAGCCCCCCUCUCUCACCUGGUGCUGGAUGCGGAGACAGGGCUUCUGUAUGUGGGUGGAAUGGACCACCUGCACCAGCUGAGCUCGGACCUGGAGUUGAUGUCCCAUGUGAAGACCGGACCUCAUUUGGAUUCCCCCAACUGCCUGCCCCCCAUUGCCCUCAAAGACUGUCCCUCAGCCCGGCCGACCCACAACCACAACAAGCUGCUGCUGCUGGACCGGGGUCAAGCAAUGGAGCAGGGUAGCAUGAUUGCUUGUGGAUCAUUGUACCAGGGCAUCUGUGAAAAGAGGAGUCUGACCAACAUGUCGCAGCUGUUGUACCAGUCCACUAACCCGGUGGACACGCAGUUCGUUGCUGCCAAUGACCCCCAUGUUUCCACAGUGGGCAUCGUGCUCACCACUAGGGACAGAGCUGGUGGAGAGAUGCUGCGCUUCAUGCUCGUGGGGCGUGGUUUCACUGGAAUGGGUUUGGGCGACAUCCCACCCAUCACAGCCCGCCGCCUCUACCCAGCAAUCCUUCCUCAGCGAGCCUUUGCUCAAGAGGACGAGCUGGGCAAGCUGAUCAUUGGGAGCUACUCUGAGUACGACAUGCAUUUUGUCAAGGUGGUCACUUUCAAAGACCAUGUCUACUUCCUGUUCUUAAGGCGAGACUUUCGCAACAAGAUGGAGUACCACACAUACAUAUCCCGCGUCUGCAUCUCCGACCGCAACUUCUACUCAUAUGUUGAGGUGCCUCUGCUAUGCCACGGUGGCUACAACCUGCCCCGAGGAGCAUGGCUGGGGUUACUCUCAGGGAAGCCCACACUUUUCAUCGUCAUGGUGGCUGGAUGGACAUCAACGUCUUUGGCCACAGAUAACGCUGCGCUGUGCGUAUUUGGGAUGGCGGAGGUGGACGCCAUGAUGGAGCAAGCACGGGAGUCCUGUUACACCAAAGGUGGGCGUGGGGUCAAAGGGCAGGAGGAGGCCUAUGUGGUCUACACACUCUCGUCAAACUGUCUCACUCUUCCUCAGGUAUCCGUCUCGGAGUAUCUCUGCGGAUGGGAACACACACCGAGCCCCAUUGGCAGUAUCAAGCCUCUCCCGGCCAUUCCAACCUUGACCACUACUACCCAGCUUACCGCUGUCGCCACAGCAACAGAGGCAGGCCACACAGUAGCCUUCCUGGGUGACCGUGAGGGACGACUGCACAAGGUGCUGGUUCGGUCCAAUGGUUCGGGCGAAGUGUUCGGGAGUGUGCUGGUGGACAGUGGCAGUGCAAUCAAAGCUGACCUCCUAUUAGAUACCAACCAGCAGAACCUUUUUGUUCUGACCAAUAGCAGGGUGUCCAAAGUUGCCAUGUCAUCAUGUGAAUGGAAUGCUGACUGCCACUCUUGUCUGGCCACCAGGGACCUUUACUGCGGCUGGUGUGUCCUGGAGGGAAGAUGCUCCCGCAAGGACGAGUGUCAGCGCCACGUUCAUGCCAAUCACUGGAUCUGGAGCUUUAACUCAUCCAAUCAGUGUGUGUUGGUGCAGAGCGUGCAGCCAGCCAAUCAGAGCAAAGAUGAGCAGACUCAGGUAAUGCUGACACUGCCCCAGCUGCCAGCCCUGAAAGAGACUGAGUCACUUUCUUGCAUCUUUCAUCAUCUUCCUCCUCAGCCGGCCUUAAUCACUGGAACCAGCAUCAACUGUCAAUCACCUGAGCCGACGCUCCUCCCACCACUGCCCACAGGAAGUGAUCACGUGAUUGUGUCUCUGUCGCUGACAUUUGGUCAUGUGACCAUCAGCACGACCAACAUAACCUUCUAUGACUGUGGAGCUGUCAGCCGACUCAACCAGACUUCCCAGUGUCUGGCAUGUGUCUUCAGUGUGUGGAAAUGUAAUUGGUGUCCUCUGGACCAGCAAUGCACGCACCACGACCAAUGUCCGAAUGAGCACACUACCCUCAGCCACAAAGAGUCUACUCAUCCAAGUCAGUGUCCUAAAGUGUUUGGCAUUCAGAGUUCUGCCUUGGUUCCGGUGGGCCUGACAAGGAGUGUGGUUCUGAAGGCCCACAACUUGUACAUCUUCCAGGACGAUGCGACUUAUGUGUGUGUGGUCACGGUUGAGGACGUCCAAAUCAACCUGACUGUUAUUGUCCAGAAGGCUAACGAUGAUAUAUAUUCUUUCACGUGCAGCCCCCACCAGUUUCAGUAUGCUGUGAGUCGACUUGUGUAUUCCGCACCAAUCUUUCUGAGGAGAGGAGCAAUGCGCAUCGAUACUUUACCUGGUCUUCAACUCCUCUUGUACAACUGCUCAGCUGGCCAGACAGAUUGCUCACAGUGCCGUGCCAUUCCGAAGGAGUACGGCUGCGUGUGGUGCAUGGAAAGCCCUGUCCCCAGCUGUGUCUACAACCAAUCCUGUGCUGGCAUUCCCACAGACAGCUGCCCAGCCCCUCAGAUCAUACAGGUGGAUCCCCUGUCUGGCCCUCUGGAGGGUGGGGUCUUAGUGACCAUCAGUGGCUCCAACCUGGGGAUGAGCAACCAGGAUGUGAUUGGAGGAGUUACAGUGGCAGGUGUGCAGUGCCCUCCACAGCCUGACCAAUACAAAAUAUCCACCAGGAUUGUGUGUACACUGCAGGCCAGUGACAGGAAAAGGAGAGGGCCUGUGAUUGUCACCGUGGGAACAAGCCGACCAGGCAGGUCUAAGAGCUACUUCAACUAUCAGGACCCACAGAUCCUGGAUGUGCUUCCUGACAAAGGCCCGCUUUCUGGAGGGACCAGGGUGACAAUAAAAGGACAGCAGCUCCUGACAGGCCUGCCAUCCCAGCUAAAUAUCUUCAUGGGUACAAGGCCCUGCUACAUAAUGGAGCAGGUCAGUGACAUUUUGCUGGUCUGUCAGACUCUCUCCACCAAUCAAACGGGUAUAGUUCCUAUCCGGGUGUUCUUCAGCAAGGCUGAGCGUUCUGUUCCCAACGUGACAUUCCGUUACGUGGAUGACCCGGUCAUCACUGAAGCCAUGCCCGCAGAGAGCUUCUAUGCAGGGGGGCGUGUCAUUCUGGUGACUGGCAGAAACUUAGAUGUGGUGCAACAACCAAUCAUGUCUGUAUGGGUGGAGCCUGUGGACGUCGGGAGGGUGAGACGCAGAAGACGAUUGGCUCUUAUCAGCACCAAGCACCAGUUGGUCUUCAAUGGCACCAUGGCAACGGUAUCUGAGCACUGCUCUGUCCUUUCUUCCUCUCAAAUGGCCUGCCUUACCCCUUCGGUCUCCCCAGAGGUCAAAGUGAAGGGCGUCUGGUUUCAAAUGGACAAUGUCCAUGUCCAUUACAAAAGCAUCAAGGGCAAGAGCUUUAUCUACUAUCCCAAUCCACGCCUCUUUCCACUCAACCGCGAAGCUCUGGAUGCUCCAUACCACUUCAAGGCUGGCGGUGUGAUUGCGGUGGAGGGUGAGGGCCUAACGCGAGCGAUGUCCAGACAGGAAGUGUCGGCUCGUCUUGGAGACGAGGUGUGUGAGGUGAAGACGCUGGACAGCACUCACCUGUAUUGUGAGCCACCUGAGGUCCAACCAAUGAGUGUGUAUGACAGCAGCCAUCUACCCCGCCUAAAGGUGGUGAUGGGUAACCUGCAGGUGGACUUGGGAAUGGUGCAGUAUGACAACGACUCUCAACUGCCUCCUAUCCCUUUGGCUGCUCAGAUUGGUUUGGGGGCUGGAGCCGCUGUCAUCAUUCUAUCAGUGUUCAUCAUCAUCCUCAUGUAUAGGAGAAAGAGCAAACAGGCCCUAAGAGACUACAAAAAGGUUUUGUUGCAGUUGGAAACAUUGGAGAUCAAUGUGGGCGAUCAAUGUCGGAAAGAGUUUACAGACCUGAUGACAGAAAUGACGGACUUGAGCAGCGAUGUGGGAGGACCAGGUCUCCCCUUGCUAGACUAUCACACAUACGCAGAGAGAGUUUUCUUCCCUGGCCACCAGGUGGCGCCGCUGAGCCACCUACUAGACCUACCAGAGUCCAGAAGACACACAGUGGAGCAGGGCCUCCAGCAGCUCAACAACCUGCUCAGCAAUAGACUCUUCCUCACGAGGUUCAUUCACACCCUGGAGGCACAGCAGGGCUUCUCCCAGCGGGAUCGUGGCUAUGUGGCCAGUCUCCUGACCAUGGUGCUGCAUGACAAACUGGAGUAUUUCACUGAGGUCAUGAAGUGUCUACUGCAGGAUUUGGUUCAGCAGUACGUUGCUAAGAAUGCUAAACUCAUGCUGCGAAGGACAGAGACGGUUGUGGAGAAGAUGUUGACCAAUUGGAUGUCUAUAUGUCUCUACUCCUUUCUAAAGGAGGUGGCAGGCGAACCGCUUUACAUGCUCUACAGAGCCAUAAAGUAUCAGGUGGACAAAGGUCCAGUGGAUGCUGUGACGGGAAAAGCCAAGCGUACGCUCAACGACAGCCACCUGCUACGAGAGGACAUAGAUUACUGCGCUAUGACACUUCUGCUGAAGAAUGCAAAUGAUGACAACUGCCCUUGUCCUGUAAAAGUGCUGGACACUGACACCAUCACACAGGUGAAGGACAAGAUCCUGGACCAGGUCUACAGAGGAGUCCCAUUCUCUCAGAGACCAAUAGCAGACAGCCUCGAUUUGGAGUGGCGUUCAGGUCAGGCGGGACACCUGACUCUGUCAGAUGAUGAUGUCACAGCUGUAAUUCAAGAUUGCUGGAAACGACUCAACACGCUGCAACAUUACAAGGUUCCAGAUGGAGCCACAGUCGCUCUUGUCCCGCGUUCAAAGACUUCUUGUGACACUCAAGUGAAUCAGGUGUUCCAGACUGGAGAGAAAACAACAAUGUUGGAGAGUGAAGAAGAGGAGGGACUUAGAUUGUGGCAUCUUGUGAAAAGCAGUGAAGACCUGGAGAUUCCCAAACACAGAAAGAGCAGCAUGAAGGAAAGAGAACGAGCCAAGGCCAUACCUGAGAUUUACCUGACCAGACUCCUCUCUAUGAAGGGAACUCUGCAGAAGUUUGUGGAUGACAUCUUUGUAGCCAUUCUGAGCACAAAGCGUCCUCCUCCUAUUGCUGUCAGGUUUUUUUUUGACUUCCUGGAUGACAUGGCAGAGAAACACGGCAUUGAUGACCCAGAGACUGUCCACAUAUGGAAGACCAACAGUCUCCCUCUCAGGUUCUGGGUGAAUAUCUUGAAGAACCCUCAGUUUGUGUUGGAUGUCCAGGUGACGGACAGUAUUGAUGCUGUGCUAUCUGUCAUUGCUCAGACCUUUAUUGAUGCCUGCACCACAUCAGAGCACAAAGUGGGGCGGGAUUCUCCAGUCAACAAGUUGCUCUACGCCCGGGAAAUCCCCCGAUAUAAACAGCUGGUGGAGAGGUAUUACAGUGACAUCCACAGUGCCGCUUCCGGCUGUUACCAGGAGAUGAACUCUACUCUGACUGAACUGUCUGGGAGCUUAGCCUCUGAGAUGAACAGUCUUGUUGUACUUCAUGAACUCUAUAAGUAUGUCAACAAAUAUUAUGACCAGGUCAUCAUGUCUCUGGAGGAGGAUAUCUGUGGUCAGAAGAUGCAGUUGGCAUAUCGACUGCAGCAGGUUGCCGCGUUGGUGGAGAACAAGGUCACUGAUCUCUGAUGGCCCAUUAUGACCUCUGAUGGACCCUAUCCACAGCCCCACCUGGCUGCAGUCAAGAGACAAGAAGAGACUUUCUGGAGUUAGUGAGUGAUUCAGGAGACACUGUGUUGUGAAUAAUGAAUGGAGUGUCUGAGAGGCUUGAGAGCGAACACUCCAGCCUGUAUCAUUCAGUCAACACAAUUCAAUCAUUCAGUCAACACAAUUGACACAUGGAUCGCACAUUCAGGUGUCUUGACACAAAAUGACUCCAGGCCAAGUCCAGCUGUGCUGUAGUCACCAUUAAAAAAGAACAUCUGUAUGACUGAUUUGACACCAAUGUGCAUGUGACGACCUCCCACUGCGGCACCAGACUGCCACAAAACAUAGAUCCCAUUGAACUCGGACCUGCUUUGUGUUAUUUGCUUAUUAACUUAAUUGUGUGUAUGUACUCCAAACAUAUUUAAGCCCGAUUUAUCCCAGCCCUGCCUUCACUCUUGCAGCUAGAUGAUGCUGUGACUGCAGCAAUGUUUUUAAAAAAAGCACUGGGAAAACACAAAAGGCUAAGAAUGAGCUUACAGAGUUUUACUCGUUGUUCUGACAUCCCAUGCUUACAGUAUGAGUGUUAUUGUGAUUCAGCAAAUGGCUUUGUAUGCUGGCUCUGUACACUAAAGGUAGAUCUUAAACAAAAAUAUCUCAAACUCAGUCUGUCAGCUUUUAUGUUAACUGUCUUUUACUGAUGCUAUAAUGUAACAGUUUUAGCUGUAUGAUGCUAUAACAUACACUGUUAUGCUUGCUAUUUGAACAAAUUUGCUAAUACACUUGCAUGUUGUAAAUCAUGUAAUCUUUAUCUUAUCUAUCAAGCAGCUGUAGUGACUGAAGUCCAUGUCCGCAAACAGAAAGAAGCAAUAACAUUAAUAAUAAUAGCGAUGAUGAUGAGUUCACAGCUAUUUUUAAUUAGAUCACAUAAUGAUGUGUCAUGUGACCUUAUCAGUGUUUUCAUGCUGGGUUUUAAUGUACAUAACCGGUUCAGAUAAUGGAUGAAUUAUCUUGUCUUUACUAAGCUUUUUUUAUGAAAACAAAACUGUCAGUCAAACUUGAUAACCGUGAUGAUGAUGAAGACUGUUUUUCUGAUAUUUAUGAUGUGUGGCUUCUUUCUUUGUUUGUUUUCAGCUUGUCUUGAAAUUUGAACACUAUUGAGUUUGCAUGUGUGUCAUGAUGCUGAAGAUUUAUGGUGUGUAUUUUAUCAACAAGACAACGAUGAGGAUGAUACGGAUUCAUUUAAUGGGAGGAAAAUGCUGCUCUGUGUAAACUUUUUGAUAAGAAAGACUGCUCUGAUUGGACGAGCUCCCUUUGAUACUGAUACUUUUUAUACAUAGGAUAAAAAAGAUUGCAGAUUGGCCAUUCCUUCACAAUUUUUUUACUAGCGUGCAACGUCAAUACACAGUGUGAUGCUCUUUGUACCAUGACAAAAUCAUUAAAGUCUAAUUUUUAACAUGCA